AAAGCUGCUCAGGGAAGGCUAAGCAGCCGCUCAGUGCUAGGCAGUCAAACAUUGGGUUGGAUUCACACCAGAGCUAAGCAUGGGUACCAGCCAAGGCCCUUUCCAGUUUUUUUCUGGGUCCCUCAGGGGUAGUUCAGGGUGUGUUUUGGCCCAGCAAGGAACUUCUUACAGUGGUGGUGCCAGCAGCUCCCACAGCUCCUGCAGACCCCUCUGGCUGGGGGGGGCAGCGUGGGGAGGCUUUGGCGAGCGCCAUGGGGAAAGCAUCUUCCUGGGGGGGAACGAGAAACAGACCAUGCAAAACCUGAAUGACCGUUUGGCUGCUUAUCUGGACAAGGUCCGCUCCUUAGAAGCGGCCAACGCUCAGCUGGAAAGCUGCAUCCGAGAGUGGCACAGGACAAAGUCCCACGGCAAGAGGCAUGACUUGAACCAGUACGAGCAGAACGUCACUGACAUGCAAAGGCAGAUUGAGGAUGGCAAGAUCACCAAUGCCAGUAUCCUUUUACAAAUUGAUAACGCUAACAUGGCAUCAGAAGACUUCAGGCUCAAGUACGAAGCAGAGAAGACUCGCAGGCAGGGAGUGCAGCUCGAUGUCGAGAACCUGCGCAAGGAGCUUGAUGGCCUGACCAUAGUGAAAACAGACCUGGAAAUGGAAAUCGAAGGCUUGAGAGAAGAGCACAUCCUCAGGAGGAAAGACCACGAGGAGGACAUGGAAGCAAAUCGCUCAUCACAAGACUUCAAAGUCAAUGUAAAAGUAAAUGCGGCACCUCCCGAAGACUUAGCCAAGAUUCUAGCAGAAAUAAGAGAAGAUUAUGAAGCCAUAAUUGAAAAGAAUCGUCAAAGCCUGGACAGCUGGUACAGAGAACAGAGCACAGCGAUGGCCCUGGCAGCAACGCCGAACCCCGAGCAGAUCCAGCGCAACGAGAACGAGAUCAAGGACCUCAAACGCACUUUGCAGUCCCUGGACAUCGAGCUGCAGGCGCAGAUGAGCAAGAAACACAUGCUGGAAGACACCCUGGCUGACACUCGGAAUUACUACGCUGUUGCGCUUCAAAACAUGCAGCAGAUCAUCUCCAAAUGUGAGGAAGAGCUGAGCCAGGUCCGUCACGACACUAAGCAGCAAAACAACCAAUACAAGGUGCUUCUUGGGAUCAAAACCCGGCUGGAGAAGGAAAUCUCCACUUACCGCCUGCUGCUGGAAGGGAAUGUUGACGGGACAGCAAGAAAAUCUGAAUCAAAAUCUACAGAACGCGCUGCGCUGGCUAAUCGGAAGAUCAAAGCGAUUGUCCAUGACAGCGUGAACGGGCAGGUGGUAUCAUCCACCAUCAACGAGAUCCACCAGCAAGCGUGAAAUCAAAAGUUCUGCUGACGACUGGUUUUCUGCGCCACCACCAGCUGCACGUUGGUCUCCUUGUGUGUCAAACAGGGACACUACAGUGAACUCUCCCCUAAAAUGAUUUGCAGCCUAACAGGGGAAAAAUGCCAUACAGAGCUAGGUGUAGCUGGUAUGGUUAUUUUAAAGAGCUUUUAGACAUCAAAAUGCCAAAGAAAAGCUAUUCAUUGAAAAUGACUGGCUGAGCUGGUAAUAUAUGUAUUAAGCACAUCUCGCGGGGGCAUGAAUCUCUACCUGUGAUUCAUUUAUUGCUCUGCAAAUUAACUGUAAUUUAAAGUGAAUAAUCUCUCAACUCUUCUCCUGGUCUUAUGGCUCUCAUCAUAUACCUCACUGCAGCCAAUAAAUUCUUUACAAUUA